AGACGCGCUUCACAUUCCGCACUGGUCUGGUGUGGGGCUGUCGCAGUCGCAGUCUGCAGUUGCAGUCUGCAGUCGCAGCGACGUCAGCGCAUGCAGUGCAACGUCGCUCCGACGUAAACGCCGCACAACUAAUCUUCCGUUCCACCCGCAUUCCUUGAGGAGGAGCCGCACAACGAACGCACAAUGAAUUUUACACCGUUUGGCAACACUUUUCCGGGGUUGCCGCAGUUUACGACGACAACGUCGCCACUGGUGUCGACGGUCUCGACUGCUGCUGUCGCCGUCGGCGAUGCCGAUGUGACUGCGGCCAACAAUCAACAGCAACAGCAGCAGCAGCAGCAACAGGAGACUGCCAGCAGCAGCAAUCGCUACCAGCAACAUCAACAGCAGCAGCAGCAACAACAGCAGCAGCAGGUGACGUCAUUGACGCACUUCAGUCAAGCGAGCAGCAGUGGCGCCGCUGGCAACAAGUUUCGUAGCGGGCAGGAGGAGGCAUUGCAAGGCGAUAAAUACAAUGGGCAUUUGGUUGCAACAGCCACACAGCAGCAACAGCAACAGCAGCAGCAGCAACCGCAAUAUGCAACUGUUUAUACGGCAAGUGCAACGACAAGCGCCGUGGAUGCGUUGCAGGCGAGUGGCUCUGGUCAGCAGCAACAGCAGCAGCAGCAGCAGCUGCAACAGCAACAAGUGGUGGCGCCACAGGAACUGACACAGGAUCUAUGCAAUGCCAUAUUACAACAACAAGUGCUACAAAAUACCUCCUGGCAGACGAUCACGCCCGGCACCACAGUUGCCGAUUACCUCUCGCAUCUUCCGGCCAAUACGUUGCCACUAUCGCUGCACCACUUCCUCAAGUACUCCGCGGAGAACAUCAAGAAGGAGAACCAACAGCAGAAUGUGGUGCUGCAGGUGCAGACGGGACCAGGUGCUGCCAUUGGCAUCAAUACGAUUGGCACAACAACAACCAUCAGCAUACCUCAGCAGGAGCAGCAGUCGCUGCAGCAGCAGCAGCAACAGGCAACAUUGCAACUGGCAACGGAGGCGGCAGUGGCAAGCAGUUCGACAGCGGUCAGUGGCGUCAAGAAGAAGAAGCGCAAAAAGCGCUCCAAAGAGCGUAAGCCCAAACUGCGUCCGGGCGAGAUACGAAUGAGCACCGCUUUGGAUGGGAGUCCAUUGUACAUGUGUCCCGAAUGUCAUGUGGCAUAUCCCGAACCGGAGCUGCUCGAGGUGCAUCUGGUGGGGCACAACCUGGAGCGACGUUAUGUGUGCGACAUUUGUCAGGCAUCGCUCAAGCGUAAGGAUCAUUUGACGCGCCACAAGCAAUCGCAUAAUCCGGAAAGGCCCUACAUUUGUACGGUGUGUCUGAAGGCCUUCAAACGCAAGGAGCAACUGAGUCUGCAUUUUGUCAUCCAUUCGGGCGAGAAGCGGCAUCAGUGCCAGGAGUGCGGCAAGGGUUUCUAUCGCAAGGAUCAUCUGCGCAAACACACCCGAUCCCAUAUUGCGCGACGGGUCAAGGCCGAGCUGAAUAGUCAUGUGCGGCGCGAGAAUGGCACCAGUAUGUUGCAACCGGUUGUCACAGCGGCAACAGCCGCUGCCGUCCAGCAUGCCAACCAGCAACAGUUGCAGCUGCAACAACAGCAACAACAGCAGCAGCAGCAGCAGCAACAGCAGCAACAGCAACAGCAGCAGCAACAUCACAUUGUCGUCAGCCAGCAACAACAGCAGCAACAAGCAACUGGUCAGCAGCAGCAACAGCAAAUGUUAAAUUAGCCAAAUGAUUUUUGUAAAGUCAGUUAAAGCAAAAUUCAAGAAGCAAACUCCUUGCCACACUUUUUGACAAACAGGCAAGUGGCAGCAACUGUUGCCGCUGCUUAAAAUUAAAAUCCAAAAAAAUACAACUUUCGGUCCACGCAAUUUAAUUGACUCACACAAAUCGGAUGUACACACACAUAUAUAUAUAACCAUAUAUAUAUAUGGCAACAAAUAUCGUUGACGAUAUUUGGCAAUGCAAUAGCAAAUAUUUCAAACACUGUACAAUUAAUUCCUAGGAAACAAUACGUGACACAAACUUAAUCGUAAAAGUGCUAUAAAACUGGGACCAUAAUCUUGUUUAACUUAUUCUUUGUUCGAAUCAAUAAUGCUAUAUUCUUAAUUCAUUUGUAUUUUAAGCUUUAGUGCAGAAGACAAAGGUGAUAGUAUUGUUAAAAAAACGCUUAUUUGAUGUAUAUAUAAUUUGGGACAUAAAACUGCCAACUUUUUAAUUUGUCUAUUUUAUAAUUUAAAAACUACUUUUUGUAAGAAAUAGUGAUCCCUUUCUAAACAAUAUAUUAAGCAAAAUACCUGCACAAUUUGAAUCCAUCAAGUAUCAAGUAUCAAGGUCCCAGUGCGCCGAUGUGAUAUUCUGAUCGGCCGAUUUGCCACAAAGUACUUUAAGACAAAAUGUGCAAAGAUAUUACUAUAAUUUUAUAUCGCGAAUCGCGUAUUUUAGUGAAAUGUAUUUUUGUAUAAAUCGAAUCUAUGUACAGAUGUAUAUAUAUAUAUAUAAAUAUAUAUAUAUACACAAACACGGUGUAAAUGCAGCAAACUAUUUAUGUACUCUAAAUACCGAAUGAAAGAAAAAUAAAAAAUGAAAUUUAGUUCUAAGUACGAAUUAGAUAUUAUGAAUGUACUACAAAAACUUUUGAUA